AUGGCAGCCUCCGGCCUUGAAAAGGAAGCCGAUCUAACUUCGCUCUCGCACCAGAGCCUCAAGAGUCUCGGAGUCGCGGGAUUCGAUCACCAGCAUAUGUCGACUGUGGAGCCCUCGAGCUCGGAUUUCGUUCUCUUUCCUCCCAAUUUCAAUUACGCCUCCCUCCGCCGGUCCAAGAUGCUCGCCAUCGACGCCGCCAGACCCAAACAAUCCACAUACUUCCAGCCCAUGACCAUGGACCCCAGCUUGGUGGAUAUGUUCGCGUAUCCCAUGGAGGUGCCCGCUUACCAUCCCCACACGCACUCUCACACCGACUUCUCCCGGGUCCCGCAAUCGUAUUACGAGAGCCCGUCCUUGUUCGCCGAGUCCGCGGACUUCCAAAAAGCCUCGACUUUCUCUUCUAUGCCCGCCACGCCCCCGUCUGUUUCUGCGUCAUACUCCGCCGAAUACCAAAUUCCCACUGGUUCAGCUGCUUCGGGGCCCUCCGUUGCCAGUGCGCCUUCUUCAGCCAUUGGCUCGCCCUAUUCAGGGACUGCGCAGCUCGUCCAGGAUAACUGGAUGAAUACGAACCACGGCCUUGGUCUACCGGCUGCCGUUAUGAAUGAUUUGUUUUCUAAUGGUUAUAUGGGGAGCACCGUCGAUAUGGACGGGCUCUACCAGGAAAAGUUCCCGGACACUUUCGUCGAUCCCUCUCUGAUCCAGCCAGUCCAAUCCGGCCCUGGCUUCACUCCUACCAUCUCUUAUCCCGACCAGUCUACCUACGCCUAUCCCACCAACUUCGCUUCCCACUCCCCCGCUGCUUCUCCUGUUCCCUCUAGCGACAAUCUCGAGCCGCAACGGCCUUCGGCACUCAUGAUGUUCGAGGGUUCACACCCAGGACCAGUUUCCGCCUACGACCGCCGCUCGUCUAUCUCUUCCAUCCACUCCCGCCGCUCACAGCGAAGCCCGGCACUGAGCAGCGUUGAAGCUGACGACGAGGUCAAAGAGAAGGGCCGCUGCCCACACCCAGACUGCGGCCGCGUCUUCAAAGACCUGAAAGCCCACAUGCUUACCCACCAGCCGGAGCGGCCCGAGAAGUGCCCCAUCAUGACAUGCGAGUACCACACCAAAGGCUUCGCUCGCAAGUACGACAAGAAUCGCCACACCCUGACCCACUACAAGGGCACCAUGGUGUGCGGUUUCUGUCCCGGCUCUGGAUCACCUGCCGAGAAGAGCUUCAACCGCGCGGACGUCUUCAAGCGCCACCUGACCUCGGUACAUGGUGUGGAGCAAACGCCGCCAAACUGCCGCAAGCGCAGCCCAUCCAACUCUAACAAGGGCACGAACUAUGGCAGCGACGCCACAGGCAAGUGCUCCACCUGCUCGGCGACCUUCAGCAAUGCCCAGGACUUCUACGAGCACUUGGACGACUGUGUGCUGCGCGUGGUGCAGCAGGAAGAGCCCUCCGAGGCGAUCAACCAGCAGCGGCUGGCCGAAGUCGCCGCCGACGAGGAGGUGAAGAAGACGAUGGAGAAGCACCAACUGCUGGACGCGGCUGGCCCCGUCGACGCCCUUGAUGAUAACGACUCUCACGACGAUGACGAUUCCCAUGACCCCUCCUCCUGGCGCGCCGGCCGCGGCGCCCCCAGAUCCACCAAAGCCACCGGGCCCUCUUCGCGGCCCAUCAUCGGCUCCGGCAAUGCCGUCUCCAAGCCUGGUGCCAACGCCCCGGGUAAGAACGGUGCUCGCGCGGUCGCAACCCGCCGCCGCAACAACCGCGGCAACUACCCGCAGUCCUGGGGUUGCCCAAACUCCAGCAUGAAAACGAAGAAGCGUGUGCUGUGCGUGUUCGAUGGCCAGCGCCGACUGUGGAAGGACGAGAUGAUGCUCAACAAUGAGUUUGAGGUUCGUCUUCGUCUCCCUGGUGGUGCUGGCGAUGGUACCCACCGCGAUGCCUAUGUCACAGACCUUGACGUCGAGACUAUGAAGCGCGUCGAGGGUGUGCAUAGUGCCAAUGAGGAGGAGCGCGGCCCUUGGAUUGAAGGCCCUGCCUCGCACCUUAUGGGCCAGCCAGCGAUGCUCUUGCCGGAGAUGUGCCAGGCGCAGGAUGAUGAGAUCUCCUUGAACGAACUCAUGGCCUGA